AUGUCAGACGCGAGCAAAAAAGUAAUCCUUUUCCUUGGGGCUACAGGUGGCUGCGGUCUCUCAGCGCUCCGGCGGUCUCUAGCUGCUGGCCACACCUGCAUCGCACUUUGUCGGACUCCGAGGAAACUUCUCCUCCUCUUGGGAUACUCUGAGCCCUCCUCAACCUCACCAGCACCGCCCAACCCUCCACCACCCAACCUUCACAUCCUCCAAGGCAAUGCCCAUUCUGGUUCCUCACUCCUACAUGCCCUGACCGUCUCUGGAUCCUUCUCAGCUCAUCUGGUUGACAUCGUCGUAACCUCUCUCGGAGCACGACCCACACUCAAAGGCAUGGACGAUCCCCACGUCUGCGAGCGCGGCGUGCAAGCUUUGCUGGAUGCCCUACAGCGGCUACGAAAGGACCACGGACUUGAGGAGACUUCUCAGGGGGUGCCACAUAUCGUGGCUGUCUCAUCCACAGGGUUAUCCGAGCGCACAAGAGAUCUACCGUGGUUAAUGAUACCCAUGUACCGGCUGCUUCUGGGCACGGCACAUGCGGACAAGAGGAAGAUGGAAAAGAUGUUGAUAGAGAGCGGGGAGAAGUUCACGGUUGUGAGGGGGAGCUUGUAUGCGGGGAGUGGUGAGGGAAAGAUCAGGGUUGGUGUUGAGGAUUUAGUGAAAGGGGUCGUUGAGAGCACCGCGAUUGGGUAUACUAUUAGCAGGGAAGAUGUGGGCAGGUGGGUAUUUGAAGAGAUUGUUGAGGGCGAGGCCGGGAAGUGGGUUGGGAAGGCGGCUACUAUUACUUACUAA